GGAAGCCCACAUCUGCCCAGCAGGUGCCCCUGCCCAAAGCAAACAGGGGGCCGGGAGCCCCAGGGCCUUGGAGAUAAGGCCCGGGCAGAAUAUAUCCGGGGCUAGGGCCGAGGAGCAGAAGCGCCGGGUUCCGGGGAGAGUGGCAUAGGAUACGCGCCGGACGCGAACAGGCCGGGGCCUGGGAAAGCGGCCAUGGACCCUGUGGGGGCAGACCCUUCAGGGCCCCCAGGCCCUUUGACUCACCUGAGCCUGCCGGACAGCUCCGAGGCGCGGCCGCAGAGCGGAGCCGACGGGCGGAGCCUCCGGGGCAGUUGGACCAGGUCAUCCCCAGAGCCCGCCGCCCUCCUGCGGGAAGGCGUGCGCUGGUGUCUGCAGCAGCAGUGCGAGCAGACGGUGCGGAUCCUGCACGCCAAGGUGGCCCAGAAGUCCUACGGAAAUGAAAAGCGGUUCUUCUGCCCCCCGCCCUGUGUCUACCUUGCAGGUCCCGGCUGGAGGGUGAAACCACUGCAGGGCCAAGCCCACCAGGCAGGGGAGACCGGGCCCAUGGUCUGUGGCUACAUGGGACUGGACGGCGCGUCCGGCAGCGCCGCAGAGACGCAGAAGUUGAAUUUUGAAGAGCAGCCAGACUCCAGGGAAUUCGGUUGCGCCAAGACUCUCUACAUCUCGGACGCUGACAAAAGGAAGAACUUCCGGCUGGUGCUGCGACUAGUGCUGCGAGGGGGCCGGGAGCUGGGCACUUUCCACAGCCGCCUCAUCAAGGUCAUCUCGAAGCCGUCGCAGAAGAAGCAGUCGCUGAAAAAUACAGACUUGUGCAUAUCCUCGGGCUCAAAGGUCUCCCUCUUCAACCGCCUGCGCUCCCAGACAGUCUCCACGCGCUACCUCUCGGUGGAGGACGGGGACUUCGUGGCCAGCGCGCGCCAGUGGGCUGCCUUCACUCUCCACCUGGCCGACGAACACUCUUCCCAGGGGGACUUCCCGCCUCGAGAGGGCUACAUCCGCUACGGCUCCCUGGUGCAGCUCGUCUGCACUGUCUCGGGCAUCACACUACCCCCGAUGAUCAUCCGCAAAGUAGCCAAACAGUGUGCACUCCUCGACGUGGACGAGCCCAUCUCCCAGCUGCACAAGUGUGCAUUCCAGUUUCCCGGUGGUCCUCCAGGAGGGGGUGGCACCUACCUAUGUCUUGCCACAGAGAAGGUGGUGCAAUUCCAGGCCUCCCCCUGCCCCAAGGAGGCCAACAAGGCGCUGCUCAACGACAGCUCCUGCUGGACCAUCAUUGGCACGGAGUCGGUGGAAUUCUCCUUCAGCACCAGCCUGGCAUGUACCCGAGAGCCCGUCACUCCGGUGCCCCUCAUCAGCACCCUCGAGCUGAGCGGCGGAGGAGACGUGGCCACGCUGGAGCUUCACGGUGAGAACUUCCACGCGGGGCUCAAAGUGUGGUUCGGGGACGUGGAGGCCGAAACCAUGUUCAGGAGCCCGCGGUCACUGGUGUGUGUGGUACCCGACGUGGCCGCCUUCGGCAGCGACUGGCGCUGGUUGCGCACACCCAUCACAGUGCCCCUGAGCCUCGUGCGCGCCGACGGCCUCUUCUACCCCAGCGCCUUCUCCUUCACCUACACCCCCGAGUACAGCGCGCGGCCUGUCCUCCCGGGCGCCCCCGCGCCCGCCGCCGACCCCGACGAGCUGCUGGAGAGCAUCCACCACGAGUUCACGCGCACCAACUUCCACCUCUUCAUCCAGACGUAGUAGACGCCGGGCCCUGGCCCGAGCCGCCUUUCUGGGCCCUGGGUCCUGCCCUCUGCCCCUGUGCUGUGGAAGUGAAGGCUCUUGCCCUAGAAACCAGGCCCGGCGGGUCUGACACGGGACACGCACCUGCCCUUUGCGGCUCGGAAGACACGACCUGAGUGAAACUCCCUUUGCGUCGUGUCAGGAGUGUGGCUUUCCCUGUCUUUGUUUCACUCUCUAAAUCGACGACUCUCUCCCUCAGUAACUUUGUAAAAUCUCUCCUAUUUGUGCCUUUCCACCCCCCACCCUCACCCCCAUCUGGUCUUUGUCUUUCUUCAUCUCUCUGUGUCUUGCAUACAGUUUCACACACUGAAAAGCUAAGCCUAUAGGGCAUUUACCCUCGGGACAGCUGUGUCUCCCCUAAAAGAGAAAACCCCUAGUUCCUUUCUGUCUGUCUGUCUCUCCAUCUCUGUCUCUGUCUCUG